GGUUCUGCCUGUGGCCGAGGCUGCAGCUGCAGCUUCCUGUGGAAGAACACGUCGGAGGAGGUGUUUUAAAGCAUCCUUCUCCUUCCUCUUCUGCUUUCAGAGCACCUGAAGGCRGCGCUGGAGGAGUACAUGGUGCAGCUGCCCAAGGUUCGGAUCCUGAGGACCAAGAAGAGGGAGGGUCUGAUCCGGACCCGGCUGCUGGGAGCCUCCUCGGCUAAAGGCGAGGUCAUCACCUUCCUGGACUCUCACUGCGAGGCCAACAUCAACUGGCUGCCUCCUCUGCUGGACCGGAUCGCCCAGAACAGGAAGACCAUCGUGUGUCCGAUGAUCGACGUCAUCGACCACGACAACUUCGGCUACGAGACGCAGGCGGGGGACGCCAUGCGAGGGGCUUUCGACUGGGAGAUGUACUACAAACGCAUCCCCAUCCCCACGGAGCUGCAGAAGGACGACCCCAGCGAACCGUUCGAGUCUCCAGUCAUGGCCGGCGGGCUGUUUGCUGUGGACAGGAAGUGGUUCUGGGAGCUGGGAGGGUACGACACGGGUCUGGAGAUCUGGGGAGGAGAACAGUAUGAGAUCUCCUUCAAGGUGUGGAUGUGUGGAGGACGGAUGGAGGACAUCCCCUGCUCCAGGGUGGGACACAUCUACAGGAAGUACGUCCCCUACAAAGUUCCAGGGGGCGUCAGUCUGGCCCGGAACCUGAAGCGGGUGGCAGAAGUCUGGAUGGACGAGUACGCCGAGUACAUCUACCAACGCCGGCCCGAGUACCGCCACCUGUCUGCAGGAGACACCAUGACWCAGAAGGAGCUGCGCAGCCGGCUGGGCUGCAGGAGCUUCAGGUGGUUCAUGCAGGAGGUGGCCUGGGAUCUGCCCAAACACUACCCACCGGUGGAGCCCCCCGCUGCCGCCUGGGGGGAGAUCAGGAAYGUGGGCAACGGUUUGUGCAUGGAGAGCAAACACUUUGUGUCGGGGAGUCCCAUCCRCCUGGAGAACUGUGUGAAGAACCGAGGGGAUGUGGGCUGGGGGCACGGACAGAUUUUCACCUUCGGCUGGAGGGAGGACAUUCGAGCCGGAGACCCCAUGCACACCAAGAAAGUUUGUUUUGACGCCGUGUCCCACAGCAGCCCCGUCACGCUGUACGACUGCCACGGCAUGAAGGGCAACCAGCUGUGGCGCUACAGGAAGGACCAGAGUCUGUAUCACCCGGUCAGCAACAGCUGCAUCGACAGCAGCCUGAGCGAGCGGCGCCUCUUCAUGAACACCUGUGACCCCGCCUCCCCCAGCCAGCGCUGGCACUUUGAGAAGACCAACGCCACCGUGCUGGAGCACUUCAACCGCGGCGCCGGCGAGCGGGCGUAGAGCUGCUGGACCGGGUCGUUUGCUGUUCGCCUGACCCCGAGGUGACAGAAACGGGCCGGGACCCCCCUGAGGGUCUGAAGAGACUUUCAGAGAGGACUCUUUGGUGUCACAGCGGGUCUGUCUCACUUCCUGACUUUCCUCCUCCUCCUCGAUCCUGUCGCCUGUUCUGUUGCCUUUUAGCCCCGCCCCCUCUCACUGUGUGCCUCCAUCGCCUGCAUGACUGCACCUCAGACCAGCCUUUCCAUUCGCUACCUUUUUAAAUCCCCACGUUUUCCUGGUGCAGUCAGGCUGGACUUCCUGUCUUCAUAGAGCAGGGUGACACGUUUUCCUUCAGCUCUGCUGCAUCUCGAGCACCUAAAUAUUCUCACUUUUAUCUGAGUUUUUAGUUACUUUAUUAGUGACGAAACAAUUCAACCUGCAGAAACAUUUCGAAGAUUUAAAAUCAGUACGUCAUCUUUUUCCUUCACUCAGUUUUUYUUAUUUAAAGAUAAAAUACCUGUUGUGUUUUGUCAUUUAGAGAAAAGCUAAAGCAGUUYGUUAACACUGUGGACUGUACGGACUAACAACCGGACAGCUGUUUGACUUGAAUCAUACUGAAAAAAAACCGUGUUUGAUCAUGUGUCCUGCAAAUGAUUUGGACACGUUCUGCCCCGCCCCUAAUUCUGAUCUCUGACUGUUAKUUCCUGYUCUCACAGUCUCAGUCUGACUGCACCAGGGUUGUCCUCUGCUGCUUCCCGGGUCAGUCACYGGAGCGACCCGGUCACAGACCGCCCAUCGCCGGGUCUGGUCUCCAGCAGCCGAGCUGACGCAUCACUCAGGCAUGCAGCUGACGCAUUGCUAAGAGAUGCAGCUGAUGCAUUGCUAAGAGAUGCAGCUGAUGCAUUGCUAAGAGGUGCAGCUGAUGCAUUGCUAAGGUGUGCAGCUGACGCAUUGCUAAGAGAUGCAGCUGAUGCAUUGCUAAGAGAUGCAGCUGAUGCAUUGCUAAGGCGUGCAGCUAAUGCAUUGCUAAGAGAUGCAGCUGAUGCAUUGCUAAGAGAUGCAGCUGAUGCAUUGCUAAGAGAUGCAGCUGAUGCAUUGGUAAGAGAUGCAGCUGAUGCAUUGCUAAGAGAUGCAGCUGAUGCAUCACUCAGGCGUGCAGCUGAUGCAUUGCUAAGGCGUGCAGCUGAUGCAUUGCUAAGAAAUGCAGCUGAUGCAUUGCUAAGGCAUGCAGCUGAUGCAUUGGUAAGAGAUGCAGCUGAUGCAUUGCUAAGAGAUGCAGCUGAUCUAUUGCUAAGGCAUGCAGCUGAUGCAUUGCUCCGUUGCUCAGAUCUGUGGGAGUACUCUGGGUGUGCAGGAUAAAACUGUGACUGAUGAAUGAAAUCUUAGUGCCUUGAUGUCAGACUGGACAUGGACUGUUAGCUGACAGCGUUUGAUUCGUCAGAUCGUUGCUUUGCUGGAGAUUUUCUGUGACUUUAGGCUCAAACAUCUUUCAGAAGCGAAGCUGAGAUGUCCUGAGCUGCAGGACAGUGAACGCACCGCUGGCUUCUAAAAGGUAAAAAGAGCUAAAAAAAAAAAAAAAAAAGAGGCUGCUCUUGCCAGGAUGCUGUUGGGUUGUUCUGUUUCUCUCUGAUCACUCCAAAGUGUUUUAUUGUGAAAGGGAAUCACUGGUGUUCACCUCAUCCUCCAGAUCCUUUAAGUUUGAUUUGUUUCCUGUUUUAAUGUCUUGUUUUGUUUUUUUCGGUUGUGGUUCAGCUGAAUGUAUUUAACAUGUUUGACAUUGGGCUGUGGGAGGUUCACACGGUUUCUUUCUUUUCUUUUMUUUUGAAAGAAAACUAAUAUCCAGUUUAUUGCUGCUUCAGUCAACAGAUUUGUUUAAAACAAACUGAUUUUUCUUUGUUUUUCAUAUCGAGCACUUUUAUUUGCRUCACAAAUGUUUUGAACAAAAAGUGAUGUGGCAACAUUUUUCUUUUGUAAAUUCCAAACCUCUGGUUGUUAAAUAGAUUWAUUUGAAAAGAUGUGAUUAUUCCACAGUGAUUUGUGGAUGUAGAGGAUAAACAAACAGUUUUCAAACGUUGGAUUGAAAUGCACUCAGAAAUAACUGUUUUCUGUAUAUUUAUUAGUUUUACCCACGUUAAACUUCUGGAGACAGAAUCAUUUUAAUUCUUUUUUAAACCUCCUCCUCCCAGCAUCUGUAGCAAAUCAUUACACAACCUCCUCCGUGCUUCACUGGUAAACUUCAUGUGCACUUAGUGACUUAUACUAACUUAUCUUUUAAUACAUUUCCAUCUUUUUUCAGCCAAAGUUUAAAGAAAAUCAGAUAUUUUCUGGUUGUUUUCACAGAAAAUGUUUGUGAAAGUUGUGGAGAAGCUCUUAUUUCCACUUCAGCAGCUUAAAACUGUCGGUUCUUCAUCUGUAGCUUUGUUUUUACAACAUCCUCAUGAUUCUCAUCUCUAAUCUUUAUUUUUGCAACAGUUUACAACAAAGAAACAAUCUGGUUGUUUAAUCUUGGUGGAGUUUUUAAUAACAGACGAUGAGAGGUAAUCYAGUUUGAGACGUUUGACCGCUCGGUGUUAUUUCCAGGGAGCGUUUUCACUUUUGUUUUCUAAUUUAAAAAGGCACAUGAGUGCUUCAUUCUUACUGUAAAGAGCUGCAAUCUUAAGCUGCAGGCAACCCAGCUUUGGUAAAUCCAGCGUGCGCUGCUCAGCAGGGCUGCAGAACCAGAAGGUUUACCAGCUGAACAGCUGGAUAUUUAGCUUAGGUGUUGGUCCGGACCUGAACAGCUUAACACAGGAUAAAUAAUGGAUGAUGAGCARAUGUGUGAAACAUGUCUGCUCUGAACCUCGGCAGCUUUAGAGCGGCUGGCUGCAGUUUGAGUUUAGCUCCCACACAUCAGCACAGUUUAAAGAAACCAGAUGAUCUAAAAUGAAUUAGUUGAUUCUUUAACUCUAAAAUGCUUCUUAGUUUGAAUAAUUGGUCCUGAAAUAAGUUCUGACCAUUUCCUUCAUCCAUCUGUGAAACAUGAAACUCUGAUUUUCACAGUGAUGCUUUACAUUUAGAACCAGGGAUGUUGUCUAAAACUGAAUGAAAACCAAAAGCAUUGAUUUACACACCUCAUUUCUUAUUCACAGUGGAACAUUCAGAUGUUUAAACUAAACUUUAAACCUAAAUAAGUUGAAGAUCUGUUCAGAGGUCAAAUAAAUCUCAAUUUAAAGAGGGAGGGGGUUGAAAAUAGACUCUUUGAGCUUUAUAUGAUGUUAAAAAGUCAUUCCCUCAUGUUGGUUGGACUCGUUCAUGUUGGAGGAAUCCUUGAUUCUCUCAUAGCCAUGUGGAGGUGCCUAAAUCCUUGUUGGUACAAAGCUCCGCCUAUUUACACAAAGCUCCUCCCUGGAGCUCUUGAUGGGUCUUGGAGAGGAGACAAUGUCUCCUUCUUGGUUUGGAGGCAUGGACCAGACUUACAGCCACCUGGGGUGGCCUGUGUGGCCAAGUCCGGCGUGUCUCCUCCAGGAGACAGGGGCGGGAGCCUUUAGCUYGGCCUCUAGCUGCCUUCCUUCCRGUGGUCRCUCCCUUYRUGAACCCYGACCUCUGGAUCAGCGCAGUAGCUCAGGACGCCUCCAGCAGCCGGUCACCACCGUUAAUGGCAGCCGCUCCCUCUUAGGAUCUGUAUUUCUUACAGUGACCGAGAUAAUGUUCAGUGACCUGGACAGCAGGUCUCAAGGGAACUGUUAAAGGGAGUUUUCCUAUCUCCCCAGGCUAAUAACAGUUAAAAAUGAACUUAUUAUUAAGUUGUGACCUCUUACCAUUACCUUUUGGCUUCAAAGUAAACACACUCAUUAAUAUAUUAACAUCUUGUUGCUUUGAAGUAACAACACACUCAUGUAAUCAGAGAAAAACUUUAAAAACCAUUGUCCAGUCGUGGAAUUGUCUUUAUGAUGCUGUAAG